ACGUUAGGUUAAGCACUAAAUUGGGUAGCUGUCCAGUGGCAGCGGAUAAACACCUGCUUGUACAGAUCACCCUGAGCCGGAGUAGACGGGAUUGCUUUAAUACAAAAAACAUUUGGAGCAGAAAUCGAUCCAAAGCGGGGGAUUAGGACUUAAAAUGUCAAGCCAGAAGCGCAAGAGGACGGAAUAUCUGACUGUCAAAGACCUGCAGAAGCUUUUGGACUCAUGCAAACUGCAUCUCAGUCAAAUCGACGAGGUCUGGCCUAACAUAUACAUAGGAAAUGUGGCAGUAGCCCAAAACAAGGCUGCCUUGCUGAAAUUAGGUAUAACUCAUGUAUUAAAUGCUGCUCACUCCAAGCGAGGCAGCAUAGGGAACCAAAGCUUUUAUGGCAGCGACGCUGUGUAUUGUGGCAUUCCAGCAGAUGACUCGACACACUUUGAUCUGGAUGUUUAUUUCCAGCCUGCAGCUGAUUUCAUUCACAAAGCGCUGAAGUCAACGGAUGGGAAAGUCUUGGUGCACUGCAUCAUGGGAAUGAGCCGCUCGUCGACCUUGGUGGUGGCCUACCUCAUGAUCUACCACCACCUGCCGCUCAAGCAGGCUCUGCAGAAGCUGAUCCAGAAGAGAGCCAUCUACCCCAACAGGAAUUUCCUGGCUUUGCUGUUGGAUCUGGAUCUUCAGCUGACCAGGAAAAAGAAAACAUGUCAGAUUCUGUAACGAGGAGGCGUCCACGCGUGGUUUUCGCUAGCUCAGACUCAAGUAGUUAUAGAUUGUUAGGAAACAAAAUGAAUUAAUGGCUUCCUGUCAGAGUGCAAUAACACAAAACAGCAGGAAGCCAUGCUAAUGCAUGAAGCAGGGUGUUAGCAUGCAUGACAGGCAUGUUAACAUCCAGGGAGCUUAUAUGCUAAUAAGCGUUAGCAUUCAGCUCAACGUGCGGCUGAGCCUGACAGAGACUGAUCAGAUGUGACGACAAGCAGCAACUGGAUCUGAGAAGAUGUGUAUGACAUGAAACAGCAUAAAAACACGUUUCAUCCACUUUACAGUUUUAGUCGAAUGUUCCAACAACAAAGUUGUCUCUUUCUUAUAACGUGGCUAUACGGCAGAUGCUUUUAGAGGCAGUGACAGUGAAAAGAGAGAAGGUCUUAAUAAAAAGACAGUUAAGAUGUAAUAGAUGUAAUAUACAGUACAGUAAUUUAAUAAUUAUUCAAGUGUUUUUACUUUUUCUUCUUCUUCUGUGUUUGUUUCACAACGAAAUGGACCAAAUAUCUGACAGAAACUGAUUUUCAGCAGCAACUCAACCUGGGAAUCAAUUUACAGUGCAGCAUUGUGUCUGCAAAAGUGAACCCAUGCAGCCGGUUGAGCUCAUCACCAUCAAAUAUCAUCCAUUAGGGUUCUGGCACCAGUAAAAAACAAAACAAAACAGUAAAAAGAACAGUUCGUUAUCAACAUGAACUCGUUAUCAUGGUGAAAAGUGAAUUACUGUGUUAACCAAUGAGAGGUUUCAUCUGGUAUUUGAGUAGAAGAAACACUGAACAUCACAUGGUAGAAAUAAAUCUUUGUACAUGUUG